AUGGCUGUAACAAGUGCAAGGAGUAUUGUGGAUUUGAAGGAGAAAGGGCAAAUUUUCAACAGGGAAAAUGCCAGGAAUAACAAAUAUACGCUCGCCGACGAGCUGCCGUCGCAACUGUCGGAACUCAAUCUGCGGAGUAUGUCGCAGCCCUCCUACACCAUCUGCACUAUCACAGACAACCUUAACGAUAAACAGCGAAUGCUUAAGUUUUUGAGAAGGUUCUUUUUCCGGGACGAACCUAUGAACUUGGCAGUGAACUUAUUAGAAACACCAGAGUCGGUAUGCUCAGAACUCGAAGAGUAUGUAGCUAGUUCACUAGAAGACGGAGUGUCUGUAGCAGCAGUUGAUGAGGAUGGAGAGUACGUUGGUGUCAUCGUCAACGGCAUCGUCAGAAAGGAGGAAGUUGACUACACAGAUAAAUCGGCUGACUGUCCGAAUCCUAAGUUUAGGCAAAUCCUCCGAGUGCUAGGCUACCUUGACCGUGAGGCUAAAAUGUGGGAGAAAUUACCAAAAGACUGCGACACUGUGCUUGAAGUGAGAAUCGCUUCAACACACAGCGAGUGGAGAGGACGCGGCCUCAUGAGGGUACUAUGCGCGGAAUCUGAACGUCUAGCCAGAUCAAACGGUGCAGGCGCUAUGAGAAUGGACGCCACAUCAGCAUUUUCAGCUGCGGCGGCCGAACGGCUAAAUUACAAGAAGAUCUUCUCAGUGAGACGUCUAGCCAGAUCAAACGGUGCAGGCGCUAUGAGAAUGGACGCCACAUCAGCAUUUUCAGCUGCGGCGGCCGAACGGCUAAAUUACAAGAAGAUCUUCUCAGUGAGGUACUCCGACUUGGACUUCGCACCACAGCCUGAAGAGCCACACGUUGAGGCUAGGGUCUAUAUCAAAGAACUUUAA